AUGUCCGCAUUAAAGUCUACUCUGGACCCCGGACUCCGACAUCUAUGCCAAUCCACGCAAUCCGUCGGUCUAGAAGAUCAUGUGGUUGCCUCGGAGGAAGCGCCCGGCAUGCUACAACUCAGCGCCGAUCCAGAGAAGCUCGCCAUCGCUCAACCCAACACGCAAUCACCUCUGCUCCGUCUCCCAGCUGAAAUCCGCAACACCAUCUAUGACUUGGUUCUCAGCUCUCACCGCGAUUUCCACACACAUGAUAUCGCUCGCCAGAAGAACAUGCGGCAGAAUGGCGGAGGCGAAACUACUAUACAACAGCUCGCUUUGUUGCAAGUCUGCCGCCAACUCUACACCGAAACCCACCUCCUAGUCUUCAACUCCACACCUUUCGCCUUCGGCUCUGUCACCGACUUUUCCAAAUACAUCGCGCAGACGCUCCUCCCACGACAAAUCUCCGCCAUCCGCGUACUCAAAUGCCCAUUCCGCGAGAUCUACUUCCCUGGCUUUGGUGUUAACUCCGCCUUCAUCGGUCUCGUUCGUGACAGUCUGCGUGGGCUCAAGGUACUGGUACUGUUUGGGGUGAGGAGUCAGGCCGUCGAGGAGGAGGCGAUGCGGGUCAUCGAGAGGAAGAUCGCGAGGGAGAUCAAGGAGGAGUGUGGGGAGCUAGAGGUGAAGGUUGAGUUGACGAGGAAUGGACUGGAGUGGCGGAAGGAGGUUGCUACGAUCUAUGGCCGUGGAGAGCGGAGCCUAGGCGCAGAGUGA